AUGUCCGAUAAUGAUAAUGUAAACAAAAAAAUAAAUGUCAAAAAGCAAUCAAAUACAAACGCUUCCAUGAAUGCGACAGUAAGAAAUUACGAAACCUUCCCAUCGAAUUUACUUGAUACCAUGCCGGAUUCUUUCACUGAGAAAACUUGGUCAGAAUGGAUAAAGAGCUAUAGUCCAACCCUUUACUUGGAAAAUCGAGCAAGUGUCGCUAGAGAUCAUUUGGCAAAUGAAAGAACUUUUUUAGCCUGGUUACGAUCUUCGUUGUCUUUUAUAGGAAUCGGCCUUGCCAUUACACAAUUAUUUCGUUUGUCGCCGGAUUUACCUAAAGACGAGAUCCUCGGCAAAUCAUUAGGACUAAUUUUUAUGAUUCUAGGAAUAACAUUUCUAUUUUGCGGGUUCUUUCGAUAUUUUCAUUCGCAAUUUGCCAUGACCACCGGCUAUUUUCCGGCAAGUCGUGGCACUGUUAUUUUCGCAUUUGAUCCGUUAUUAGAAUUAGCAUGUCGGACGAUUGUAUCCGUAACAGUGGUUUUUGGAAUCUUUAAAAGACGUGAAAUAGUCUCAUGA